AUGGCUGACCAACGCGGUAACGAUGUGGCGCUGCUGCUGGCCGCUCAGAGCCACCUGGGCACCAAGAACUGCACCGCGCACAUGGAGCGCUAUGUGCACAAGCGCCGCAGCGAUGGCAUCUUCGUGUUCAACCUGGGCCGCACCUACGAGAAGCUCCAGCUGGCCGCUCGCGUCAUCGUGGCCAUCGAGAACCCCCAGGACGUGGUUGCCAUCUCCGCCCGGCCAUACGGCCAGCGCGGUGUGCUGAAGUUCGCCACCUACACCGGUGCCCGCGCCACCGUGGGUCGCCACACACCCGGUGCGUUCACCAACCAGCUGCAGAAGGGUUUCGAGGAGCCCCGCCUGCUGAUCGUGACGGACCCCCGCACCGACCACCAGGCCAUCAAGGAGGCGGCGUACAUGAACAUCCCCGUCAUCGCCUUCACCGACACCGACUCCGACCUGGCCGGCAUCGACAUCGCCAUCCCCGCCAACAACAAGGGCAAGCACUCCAUCGGCGUGCUCUUCUACCUGCUCACCCGUCUGGUGCUGCAGGCGCGCGGCACCGUGUCCGCCGCCUCCCCCUGGGACGUCAUGGUCGACAUGUUCUUCUACCGCGAGCCUGAGGAGGCCAAGGAGGAGGCCGCCCCCGAGGCCGAGGCCGCGGCCGAGUACGUCGCCGACGCCGCCUUCCCCGGUGCGGAGGAGGGCGCCGGCUUCGACGCCUCCUACAACACCGGCUUCCCGGCGGCUGCGCCGGAGUUCGCCACCGGCUUUGACGCCGCGCCGUCCUUUGAGCCCGCAGCCGCGCCCGCGGCCGGCGGCGACGCCGCGUUCGCACAGGCCCAGGACUUUGGCGGCGGCUUCUGA